AUGAAAGUAAUAUUAUCAAUAAUACUAAUUAUUUGUUUGAUAACUAUAUAUACACUGCCAACAGUGUCGUCCGAACGUUGUGUUGGUCCAGAGUCAUUCCGAAUAUACGAUGACAAACUGGAUGUCUACGUCGAUGAUUUCUCAUGGUCCACCACCCGUUUCUUCAACAACUCCAAGUAUGCCUAUUCCGGAAAAUACUCAUUCGGUUACGUAGCCAAAAACUACGAUGGAAUGUACCUCGACCUAAAGACUGGUAUUGAUCCAUCAAGAGAUUCGGUAAUUCAAUUCAUGGUCAAUGGUGGAAAGACUGGACAUCAGAAGGUGUAUAUCAGACUGUCCAACGCCAAUCAUACUUAUGAUUUCUAUCUUUGGGGUUCAGACUCAGCAUUGGUGACAAAGGGCGACAUCCAGCCGAAUGAGUGGUUGCCAGUCCAGAUCGACUUGGGCCUGAUGGAGCCAGGAAUAUACCACGACCUCAAGAUCUUGGUCGAGGGCCCAGAGGAUCACGGACUCGUCUACUUUGACGACAUGACUGUGCUGACACGUUGUCCCGAUGACAAGUACAUAAAGGGCUUGGAGAAGAAGGUGUGCUCACAGACCGACUGUGUCCAGGUGUCCACCAAGGAGGAGAACAUGCAGAUCCUCGUCGCGGGAACACUCUACCGUCAGUACUCAGUCACCUUCCGCAAUGUUGGCGCCAAGACCUUGUUCGGCCUGCAGUUCGAGCCCGUCUACUUUGAGCCGCGUCCAGGCAAGCUGGACAUCUGGGCGUGUGUCAAUGGUGAUGGCGGACGCUACAAGCCACCCAACGGGUUGAAUGCCAAGGGUCUCGUGCCAGAGGCUGAGUUCACGAUUGGUGUCAUCUCCAAGAAGGGACCUGUCACUUUCAAGGUUGUCGACUUUGCCUACAAGCCACCCGCUGUCAAGAAAUAA